GGGGCGUUCUCAGCUCUACCCACCAGCUCCAGGAAUGGACUGACUUUGUAGCUUCACCACCACUGAAGAAUCCACUCGUUCCUCCACGACUCUCCACGGAUAAACGUUCUGAGUUUAUCUCCAGCUUUGUGUCGUUUUAAUUUAAAGUUAAUUAACAGUCUUAACGACGACACUGAUUUCCAUUUUCCACCACUCGCACGACUUCUUUGUAGCCGUUGGACGGUUCAACUUAAACGAACCCGCAGACAUUUUGUUAUUUCUGAGAAUUAGACCGUUUUUUUUCUACUCCUCCUCUUUACUUUUUCAUCAGCACAGUCGCAGCUGAAAACAAGAGACCUGAGCAGCUUUGAAGGACCGCCACAAGAAAAAGGAAGACACCGUUAUCCUCCGUGUUUCCCUAGCUUAAAGCCAUAAACGGUUAGCGUAACGUUUUUUUAUAUUUACACGCGUUGAGUUAGCGUCGCUGCCGCUCGAGCGUUAAACGCGGAAAGCUUUCAACUGCGAUGGAUCAUUUUGACUGACAGCUUUUGAAGAAUUAGCUAGCUUUAGCUAAAAUCUGCUGGUACGGUUCCUGUUGUCUGACACAUUAAACACGGUGUUGGGACAAGUGCAACUGAAUGGUCUAGCACCAACCAGACAAGGACUCUUUUACUUCGACGUGAAUUACUUAUAUUCGGCUUAAUUAUUUUUUUAGGGGGGUCGCUAGCUACCGUUAGCAUCCUGUGCUAACGCUGGACAGCUCCUGUGCGAGGCAGGCAGGGCUAGCUUUGGACAAAGGACCAACGCAAGGAGAAAUAUAAACACAACGCACUCAGUUGAUUGGUGUUUGGGAAGGAGAGCUACAACAAGGAAUUGACAUGAUGUUUCCACAAUCAAGACACUCAGCUUCAUCGCAGCAGCUGAAAUUCACAACCUCCGACUCCUGUGACAGGAUCAAGGAUGAGUUCCAGUUCCUCCAAGCACAAUACCACAGUUUGAAGCUCGAGUGUGACAAGUUGGCCAGCGAGAAGUCAGAGAUGCAGCGCCAUUAUAUCAUGUAUUACGAGAUGUCCUACGGGCUCAAUAUUGAGAUGCACAAACAGGCUGAGAUAGUGAAGAGAUUGAACGGGAUCUGCGCACAAGUCCUCCCCUACCUGUCUCCGGAGCACCAGCAGCAGGUCCUGGCAGCCAUAGAGAGGGCCAAGCAGGUCACCCCCCCAGAGAUGAACUCCAUCAUAAGGCAGCUCCAGGCUCACCAGCUGUCUCAGCUCCAGGGUCUCGCCCUGCCCAUGACCCCCCUGCCGCUGGGCCUGAGCCAGCCGAGCCUCCCCGCCGUCACCACCUCCUCCGGCCUCUUCUCCCUCUCCUCCCUGCUGGCCUCCCAAGCCCAGAUGGCCAAGGAGGAGAAAGCGUCCCGCGAGGGAGUGGACAGCCACCGCGAGGAGGACGGAGACAAGUCCGAUUAGAGAGGUGUCCCCCAUUCAGCUCUGUUUUUGUCCAGAGACCUGAACACCCAGAUCUGAGCCCCCUUUGGCCUCCAGCCUCUCCCCUGGUCUCUCUCUCUCUCUCUCUCUCUCUCUGACCUUAGCUAACAGGCUUCAGUCCCACCUCCACCGCUACAGACCCCUAAACUUCUCCUUUUAACGGGAGGGCUUCGGCACCUGCCCCUUAAAUCAGACUAGCCCUGAUCGCUUCAUAUUUACUCCAAUUGUUUCUUUACCGCCAUCACAGCGUCUCCUGUUUCUUCAAAUACUGUCCUUUUUUUCUAUGUGAUUAAGUUUCAGUAAUUUUGUGUUUUACUUUUUUAAAUCAAGACUGCUCUCUAUCAUCCUGUCUCCUGUUUAUUUUUGCCUCUCUUCCUCCCACUCUCACACACCUCUUGCCUCUGUUCUAAGUGGGUCCUUGUUAUACUGAACUCAACUCACACUAGGUGUUAAAACAGUAGGAGUCUUUGGCGAGCUGUACGACUUCUAUCACACAGGAUUCCUCCAAACUGAUGUUUAUCCUAAGAAAUGGGUCUGACAGAUCUGUAGUGGUGAUGUGUGUUGCAGUACAGUAUGCAUGCAUUCAUUACACUUCAAACAGUGGAUUGUUACAGAUCAGAAGUGUUUAAAAAUUCCAACAUGUCCCGCUUAAAGAUGGAAACGUCCCAUACACACACACACACACACACCAAAAACUGAUGCUUUUAAGUGGAAUGAUGUAUUCAGAAGACAUCUACCGUACUGAAACUAGAGAAAGGAAAAGCACCUUCUUCAAAUAAACGUCCUACUGAGCGACUCGGAGUACAUAACAAACCCACUUAAGUAAAUAAACCCCCCCCUUGUUAUUGUUGAUCCUCAUCUGACCCUGUGAGGUGCGUUAGAUAUAUCCUCCCAGCACCUCCGCUGAAACCCUUUCUCCGGUGGUUGAAUGAACGGAGAUGCCGCCUGACUCCCACCACCUUUUGCAUCUUUAAUGUGCACUAAUAUUAGCACAGAGGGGGGAGUGUGUGUGCAUGUUGUGUGUUUGACAGCAGAGGGCAGUGUGUGUCUUCCUCCUCUCAGAGCAAAAAGGAGGACAGGACAAUGACAGAGUGCAGGCCGUGUCACCAGGGACAACGGCUUAUUUAUCCCUCCUGUGUGGACUAACUUAAUAUACAGGGCAAGACUGGUGACAUUAAUCUCUGCAUGCGGUCAGGCCCAGUGUGUCAUGAUCUGAAAGGUCUUUGCUUUGUCUCUCAGCGUGAAACAAACACAACUGGCCUCGUGCUUGAGAUCUCUCUGUACAUUCAGAUUUAAAUACUGUUCAUUUUUGAUUCACUGUACAUACACACACAUCAACACUACAGAAAACCUCCAUACAGAGUGGGACAUCUCCACAACUCUUCCUCAGUGCAGAACUCACACAUGAAGCACAAGCGUCCUCCACAGCUGCUCCGCUGAGUUAAAAACUCCCAUCAGCCCCACAGGAUCUGUUUUCAAUUAUCUUGUCUGAUUAGGCCUCUCGUCAGGUGGAAGUUGGCCGGGACUGUCCUGGGAAUAAUGUGAUGUCUGUGAACGAAUCUGUGUUCAAGAUCUUGGUAUCUUCAUAGCGCCCGAAGCAAUUCACAUAUUUGGCACAUGACAUAAAACCACCACAUCCCACACUGCAUGUCAAACCUCUGUCUCUCUCUAUGACGAAGAAUUGCCACAAAAGAAUCCCACGUUCAGGGUCGUAGUUAACACUCAUACAAUAUAAUCCUCAUGUUCACGUCUCAAACUCGCAUACACACAAAGAAACUCCAGAAGAAACCUUCACACGGACUAUUUGUCUGAUCAAAUACUCCGUGUGAAGGGAAGGAAAAACACUGAAUUGACAACACAGUACUGUUUUUGUUGCGUUUGGGUUAUUCUAGUUUACACUGCAACAUCAUGAAAUGCUUUCACCAUCCCAGACAAAUGUCCACUGUCAAUAUAAAAUGCAGAUUAGGGCUCCAGUGAACUAUUAUUUGAGAUAAAGUGGCCAUAAAACUCAGUCCAAUCUAAGUAACGAUCCAAUCAACAUCUGUGUGGCGAGCUGUGUGUGUGUAGGGGGUUAAAAGGGUCUAGUUAGUAGCAGCCAAAAUGGCCCCAUUCAAGUCUUCUUACACAACAUUAGAUGACAUUUAACCCUUCUUUUGGAUUCUUUUGCAAACAUAUUCAAUUACAGAUUAGCCUCGGUGGUGAUCAGACUGUCGAUCCACAGAUAUUAUUAGGCAUGUUUGUUUUUAAGUGUUCAUUUGAAGACAACCUGUGUUCAAAGUCGUUAUACACACCUGGACCGACACACACACUUUCUCAGCGUCCUCUGAUGUUAUGGCUACACUGUGAGAAUGACUUCAUGUGGAGUGUGUUAAAAGCUUUUAUUUUGAAAAAACAUCUUAGGCAUGAUGAUGACAAAGCACAUGAAGCGAUAGUAUACACAUUGCACGUUACUGCAUUCAGAAUAAAACCCUUCAUGUGUCUACAAGUUCAGAUCAGAUGCUGUCGGUGACUUCUGUGUUGUGGUGUGUGUGUGUGUGUGUAUAAACAGUUGUGCAUGGUUGAUACACACAUGGUUGCUGUCCUACUCAAACUAAAGCUAACCGGCUAUUCUUCUUGCAGCACCUCCCCUCUCAUAUACAUGUAGACAAAGCAACACACACACACACACUCACUCAAUGCAUGUCAGCGGGGGAGCCAACAACGAUUGAUUUCUAGUGGAGACAUUUUUUUUUUUUAAAUGAAUGUUUGGUCCAAAUUUCCUGUGAUCAAUGCACUUGUUUUUUUCUCUUUGUUAAAUAUUAAUCGAUAUGAACUAGAACGAGACUUACAAAGCUGACGUUAUAAACAUACAAAUGAAAUUCUAUGUAUUUGUUAAAGUAGUUGGAGGCGCUCGUCUCCCUAUACAGUUCUACAUAGAAAGCUUUAUGUGUAUAUAGCCGCAUCUUUUCCUGUCUGUCUGGAUGAUUCUUGUGCUAUAAACUGAUGUGACACCAGGGGGGAAACUGCAGUACGUUCAACCUUUGACCCUUUCCCUCUUCAUUGGACCCUGACCCCAUUAACUCCCCGCCCCCCCCCCAACUUUUUGCCCCAUAGCGUGAAGCAUUGUAAGCGUUUUGAGCUUUGUAAAGGUCUUUUUUUAAAUACUUAUUUUGUGCAUAAUGUAAAACCUGAAAGUGUGUACUUUGGCAAAAAAAAAAAAUGUUUUGUGUCUGAAAUCAUAGCUUCAUUGAAAAAAAAAAAAGAAACUAUAAAAAGUACAACAAACAUUUACUAUAAAUAAUAUGAAAUGUUCUGCAGUAAGGAAGGACUUCUGGUGCCUUACAAAUAAAGUCAA